CGGAGUCACGUGAAAAGGGUUUAUGAUUAUUUAAAAACUGUACAUAUAUAAGAAAAAAAAGAAAAAUACUAAAUUCAUGUAGCUAAAGCCUAAAAUUUUGUGCUUUGUUUUGUUUAGGUAGAAUUUUUUUCAUCCUAACCUUGAAAACCUGUUAACGGAUUAUCUUUGAUUUUUGAACGAACUUGUGAAUCCUUUAUAUGUCCUUUAUUCUUAAAAUUCCUCACCAAGAUGAGUUCAGAAAGCCAAACAAAAGUCUCGAAUAAAGUUAAUUGCCCAAUUUGCAACAAUACUUUCGCUGAAACGGAAAUCGAACAGCACGCAAACAAAUGUAUAUUUUUAAAUUGCGAAGACAAGCAGCAAAAACGUAAAAGAUCGCCGUCGCCGGUUCUCCCAGCUUUUGGGACCCAAAGGAAGUUUAGUUUCACUCAAAAGAGCCCCAGAGACGCGAAAAAGGCUCAGAAGCCUUCUGCGGCAACUGGUAGUAGCACACUUUGUAGUAGUAAUGGAAAAUCUUUGGCACCCUUUUUUAAAAAAAUAAACAAUGAUACCAUAGUUAUCGAAGAAGAAAAAGAGAAACCAAUUACUAAAAAAACACCUUACGAUCUCACAUUCAAAACUCCUCUAGCGAUUCAGGUAAGACCAAAGACCCUAGAAGAAUUUUUCGGUCAAAAUCACAUAUUAGGCAAAGACACCGUCUUACAUUCUCUAUUAGAAAAACCUGAUAUUCCCAAUAUGAUUUUGUGGGGUCCACCAGGUUGCGGCAAAACCUCAUUGUCUCAAAUAGUCCAUGAAACCUGCAAGAAACACCCAAAAAAAUGGAAAUUAGUCUCUUUAUGUGCAGCAACUUGUGGUAUAAAAGAAGUCCAAAGCGUUGUCACUUUAGCUAGAAAUGAUUUAAAGUUUGGUAAGAAAACUGUACUGUUUAUGGAUGAAAUUCACAGAUUUAAUAAGAAGCAACAAGAUGUGUUUCUGAUGAGUGUUGAAAAAGGGGAAAUUAUUCUAAUAGGAGCUACAACAGAAAAUCCAAGUUUUUCUCUAAACGGAGCUUUACUUAGCAGGUGUAGGGUGGUAGUUCUUGAAAAACUAAAUUCAGAAGAGUUAUAUGGUAUAGUAGAAAAUGCUGCAGAGUUUUUCGAAGUUGAUAUUAUUGAUGAUGAAAAUCCUGCAGGGACAUUUGAAGACGCUAACGCCGGGUUGGCAAUAAAGCGAUCUGCUUUAAAAUGGAUGGCAGAUAUAAGCGAUGGAGAUGCCAGAACUGCUCUUGGUAAUUUACAGCUUGUUUUGACAUAUUUUGAUAAAAACUCAAACAAAACUGUUACUGUUGAAGAUAUUGAGGAAAAAUUAAAAAAAGGUCAUCUUCUCUAUGAUAAGGCAGGUGAAGAGCACUAUAACAUUAUAUCAGCGAUGCAUAAAAGCAUCAGAGGCUCUGAUGAGAAUGCUGCUCUUUAUUGGACCACAAGGAUGAUAGUCAGUGGUGAAGAUCCCAGAUACAUUGCCAGAAGAAUGGUAAGGGCCGCAAGCGAAGAUAUUGGAAAUGCCGAUCCUCAUGCUUUACCUUUAGCAGUUGCCACCAUGCAAGGUUGCCAACUUAUCGGUAUGCCAGAAGCUGAUGUACUUUUGGCACAGUGUGCAAUUUAUUUAGCUAGAGCACCAAAAUCCAGAGAAGCUGAUUCUGCUCUAGCUAAGGCAAAACGCCUAAUAAAGGAACAUAAAGGACCACAACCCUCCGUGCCUAUGCAUAUUAGGAAUGCACCCACAACAUUAAUGAAAAACUUAGGUUAUGGCACGUUGGAACAAGGUACAGACUUCACAUUUUUGCCACCAGAAUAUAGUGAUGUUAAUUUUUUCCAAUGAUUUUAUUUGUUUGUUAAAUUUUCAAUAAAUAUUUCCCUAAUUAGUUUAUAAUUUAUCCUUUAUCUCCCAAAAAUAAAACAACACAUGAUACAUUUCAAUCGAUUUAUUAUCGACAAAAUCUGUAAUAUACAGACCAACUACAUUGCAAUUUCACUUGAACAGUAAAACUAAAUUCAAAUCAGUCCGUUUUAGACAAAAAUACAAUGCAAAACCGACCCAGAGACUUGUAAAAACAUUACAAAAUAAUCUAUACACAGUUUAAAAAAACAAAAAAAAAAAAAUACUUAAAAUUUAAUCAUUUAAUAAAAAUUUCCUAAUUCAAUUGAACUCCCUUCGAGACUAUAUUUUUCCCGUUCUAAUACACACAUUCAGGAUAUUUGUAAAAAUUUAAAUAAAAUUUAAAACAUUGUAUAUAAUAGUGGUUCCUAUGGGGAAGUUAAUGGAGAAAAAAGAAAUCCAAUACUCGAAAACCAUUCAACAACGAAAUGGUCAUUUAUGCACUGUUGUUCAAAACAACAUUCCUAAACAGUUUCAAAAAAAAAAAUAACUCACUGUCACAUCACAUCUUACAAGUACGCCUAAAUCAAUUAAUUGAUAAAAUGGAAUUUAUAUUUAUAAUGUCGGUGUGAUGACUUUUUUACAUGAAGUUUUCACUAAACUUUUGUUUAAACUUAAAACUGAUCAUUACUUUUUCUUAAUCAAAUCAAAUCUGUAAUCUGGUCCGGCCAUGUCAAUGGCCCAUCUGAAUUUGUCUCUUUGAGUUUUGUUGUACACUUUUUCGAUUGGGACAUCGUACUUUUUGCACCAGGCCACCGAUAUUCUUGGGUCCAGAUAAUUCAAUUUUGAAGUGCCAAGAGCGAUGGUUUUAUUCUCAUCUCGGUCAGUU